AUGCUCCUCUUUUUUUCACUGGAAACUUUUUCUCAGAAAUUCAAUAGCUCCACAGAAAAACAAAUUUAUCAACAAUUAUUAGCAAAAAAUAAAAAUAACCCAACUUUCAUUCUUCAUUCUGGUCCUCCUUAUGCCAAUGAUGCCCAUGGUUUACCAACUGAACUUAAAGCGCUACAAGUCUACAAAAAUCAAGCCGCAAUAAAUCUGCGACAAUUUUGCCAUAAUUUCGCUUUGGAACAAGUUCAAAUCCAAAAAGAACAGUUAAAAAAAUUAGGACUUUUCACUAAUUAUGAGGAGCACUACAUCACCCUAGAUAAAAAAUAUGAAGCCGAACAAAUUAGAGUUUUUGGAGAAAUGGUUAAAAAAGGUUUAAUUUAUCAAGGAUUUAGACCUAUUCAUUGGUCUUGCAGCCAUGAAACUGCUCUGGCCGGAGCCGAAAUAGAAUAUUACGAAAAAAAAGAUACUUCACUUUAUUUUAAAAUUAAGUUGGCAGGAAAAAAGCUUGCAAAAGUAGAAAGGAAAUUUUUAGGAAAAGAAUUAGUUGGUAAAUAUUAUUUUCACCCUUACCGAAAAGAUAAUAAAGGAUACCUAGUAUCGGGUGAUGAAUUUAUUCAAGAAGAAGAAGGAACCGGUAUCGUUCAUCUCGCACCGGCUUUUGGAGCCGAAGAUUUUAUGGUGGUUAAAAAGGAAAAAAUAAUAAUUGAAUGUCCCAUGGAAUCGAACGGAAUUUUUAACCAAAAAAUUGGAGUUUCAGAACUGAUUGGCGUACCGAUUCCGGUUUUAUACAAAAAUAAUGAAGCCAUACUUAAUUCUGAAAUUAUUGAUUACGUGGCGGAAAUAGUUGCUAUUCAUGGUUCGGAUAGAACUGAUAUCAUGGAUGUUUGGUUAGAUAGUGGAGUUUCGCAUUGUCAAGAAGAAUAUAAAACUGAAGAGAAAAGGGGCAAAGUAAAAGAACUGGACAUCAGCAAAAAAAACCUAGAAGGUACUUUGGAUUUAAGUGAUUUUAUAAAUUUAGAAAAGUUAAACUGUGCUUUUAAUCAAUUAAGUGUUAUCAAUUUGAGUAAUUGUUUGCGACUAAAAGAUUUAGAUUGCGGUUUUAAUAAGUUAACCAGUUUGGAUUUAAAUGGCUUAAAUCAACUCAAAAGAAUUUGUUGUAAUGACAACUAUCUAACAAGUAUUGAUUAUUAUUUGCUUAAUUUCAAUUUAACUUAUCUGAAUGUUUCUAACAAUAACUUGUCUGAGCAGGAUCUAUCGAUUUUUAGUGAAUUAACCAAUUUGGAAUUCUUACGAAUUGGUGGUAGCAAUGAAAAAUAUUUUUCUCAAAAUGUUUACAACAAAUUCUACGGUACCUUAGAAACUCUAAAAAACUUAACUAAAUUAAAGCACCUUGAUAUUUCUAAUACUGACAUAAAUAAUGGCAAACUUAGCAGCCAACAACUAAAGGAAUGGAUAGAGGUUGGGUUUUAUCCUACUGAUUAUGAAUUUAUGUUUUACUUAAAACAAAAAGGUUAUCAUCCUCAGUUAACUCUAAAUUAUGAAAAGUUAAAAGAAGCGUACAAUAAAGGCCAAGGCGAAUUAGACUUAGAGGAUUUUAAGUGUCUAAGAGUUAUAUACAUUUCUUGUCACAUAGAUGGGACUAGAUUAGAAAUAAAAAAUAAAAAUGAAAAUAAUAAAGGUAAAACUAGAUCUGAAGUAACUAGGUUAAGCAUUAGCGAAAAAGGCUUGGAAGGCGAAUUAGAUCUAAGUGAUUUUGUGAAUCUAACUGUACUGAAUUGUCAAGGAAAUAAACUUACUAACUUAAAUAUAAGUAAAAACUUCAACUUAACUAGACUGAGAUGUUACAACAAUGGGCUUACCAAUUUAGAUACUAGCAACAAUAAGAAACUCAUUGAAUUACAAUGCUGUAAUAACCAAUUAAAAGAACUAAAUGUGAUUAAUAAUACCGAACUUACUACUCUCAUUUGCUAUGACAAUAAACUAACCAAUCUAAGUUAUAUCGGUUGCGAGAAAUUAAAAAUUCUUAAUUGCCAUAAUAAUUAUUUAACUAACUUAGAUUAUUCAUCUUUGCCAACCGAACAAUUAUUUCAUUUAGAUAUAAGGAACAAUAAUCUUUUUGAGCAAGAUUUGUCGGUUUUUAGUCGAGUGAUUAAUUUAAAAAGGUUGUACAUAGGCAAUAACGACGAAGCCAAAAUUCAGCAAGACAUUUAUAAUCGUUUCGUAGGCUCAUUAAAGUCAUUAGUUAAGUUAACUAAAUUAGAACGUUUAGAUAUCAACAAUACCAAUGUAGAUGAUGGAUUAGAAUAUUUACCUAAUACGGUUCAGGAACUAAGAUGCUCUAUCGAAGAGAGGCCAGACAGCAAAGUGAAAAGAAUAAAAGAACAACUAAGACCUUGCAAUGGCUAUUUUUUAACUUGA